CUCAUUUCCACUGCAAGCAGAGAAGAAGAUAAGACGAAAACAAUGUCUGUGUCAGCGAUCUUUGGCACUGGAAUCGCCACCGUGGCGUCUUCCUCUCCGGUUCUCCGUCAGUUUCAGGUUCCGAAGCUGGGGAACGGAGGAGUGGGAGGAGGAUUAGGGAUGGUGAUAGAGUGUUCGUCGAGGCCGCAGAAGAAAUCGACGGCUCAUCAUAGGAAGACGAGGCCGAAGAAGACGCAGCCUUGGGAUAUUAAGAGGAAGCCUACCGUUUAUGCUCCUCUUCCUCCUCUCCCUCCGGAUUGGUCUCCUCUCGCUGUUUCCUCCGACGACGGUGGUGCCACUACCGUUACCGCCGGAGAUUUGGUUUCAGGUGGUGCCGUCUGAUUAUGUUAUGUUGGAACCUAGUUGAGAAGUUAUGUUGGUGUCUGUGUUCUGUUUAAUGUGUUUCUGUUUUAAGCUGUCUGUUUUCUUGUUAUUUGACUUUGUGUUUGAACGGUGAAUGAAUGGGCCAAACUGCGAAGUUUUAAAGCUUCAAGCUUUUUCUUCUGUUGUUUGGUUUAAAUGCAGUUACAUAAGUUUUGCUUUGUGGUUGCGUGAUUGCAUAAAGCUAUAGCUCUGAUCAUGGUCAUCUUUGUCCUGUUCUUUAUUUGCUUUCAUAAAAGACAUUCUUGCUGAUUAAAUUCUAUUUGUAGCGA